AACCUAACAUCAAUGGCUCCGAGUCGGCCACAACUCCAGGAACUACACUCACCACACAGCGACCCACUCACAAGAUCCUCAAUCCACGAGCAAAAGAUCAAAAUGGCUUCGAUUCUUCUCCUCCAAGCAAUGCCAAGUUCGAGAGCGUCUCGAUUUCUUGACGUGGUAGAGCUUCUUUAGUCCCCCAUUGCGCCCGAAGCCUUCCCGUUUUCGGGGUUUCCCGUACAUACGGAAGACUCCAUGUCUUCUUCCUGUGCUGUGCUCCCUUCUACAAGAACCGACUUCGUAAACCCGAGUCGUCAAAGAUCGUUUGUGCCCUCGAGAGUUCAGGAGCAAAGAGGCAAAUGUCACUUGGGUAGGAGGAGUUUUACGUUCCGAGGAAUCGUGGCGUCGGGUGUUGCAAUGGCUGGGUCGUCCCUAUUGACUGAACCUGUCAAAGGAGCGGAUAGGUUACCUUUUAAGCGGGAGGGGUACAACUACUGGACAUGGCGAGGUCAUAAAAUACAUUACGUGGUGCAGGGGGAAGGGUUUCCGGUUGUUCUGAUUCACGGGUUUGGUGCUUCAGCAUAUCAUUGGAGGUAUAACAUUCCUGAAUUGGCUAAAAACUACAAAGUCUAUGCCGUAGACUUACUGGGAUUUGGUUGGAGUGAGAAAGCACUGGUUGAAUACGACACAAUGAUAUGGAAGGAUCAAGUUGUUGAUUUCCUCAAGGAGAUAGUGAGGGAGCCUGCCGUUCUAGUUGGCAACAGCCUUGGAGGGUUCACUGCUUUGGUAUCUGCUGGGGGAUUGCCUGAGCAAGUCGCCGGAGUAGUACUGCUCAACUCUGCAGGACAAUUUGGAGACCCUAGUGCUAAAGUCAAGAAGUCUGAAGAAAGUGUCCUGCAGAAGUUUUUCGUAAAGCCACUGAAGGAGAUUUUUCAGCGGAUAUUCCUCGGGUUUUUGUUCUGGCAAGCAAAGCAACCGGCUCGUAUCAAAUCUGUUUUGAAGAGUGUUUACAAAGAUUCCUCAAAUGUAGAUGAUUAUCUUAUCGAGUCAAUAACUAUGCCGGCAGCGGACCCCAAUGCUGGAGAAGUUUACUACAGAUUAAUGUCGCGGUUCAUGAUGAACCAGAGCAGAUAUACCCUGGACAGCAUCUUGAGCAAACUCUCAUGCCCGCUGCUAUUAAUUUGGGGUGAUCUAGACCCGUGGGUUGGUCCCACCAAGGCCAUUCGUAUCAAGGAGUUCUACCCAGACACAUCCUUAGUCAACCUUCAGGCGGGGCAUUGCCCUCACGAUGAAGUCCCGGAACUCGUCAACAAGGCUCUAAUCGAUUGGUUGUCAACAGUAGCUCCGAAAACCUCCCUUCAGGCAUUGUAAAUACAGAUACUGGAUUUUUUUUUUCCUCCUUCCAGUGCCACCGCCCCUGCUUUAUCUUAGGAUUCAACUACUACAGUGUAAAUUCUAUUUAUAAGUGAUUAAUCAGAGCUUUGGCGGGUUAGGUUGGGAA